GAUAAAGCUUCACGAUGGGCGACCUUCUUAAAGUGACCAUUGACUGCAGCUGAUUAUCUUCGAUAGCAUCAGGACUAACAUUUGGAAACAGUUUUCACCAUCCCUACUGAAGCUGUUGCAAAGCUUUGUGCAAAACCAUCAAGACGACAGGAUGAGUGAGGUGUGUUCCUGCGUGGUCAAAACACAUCUCAUCAAAAGUAUCAGACCGCCUAUCAUCAGAGGUUUCCCAAAACAAAGACUUGGAUUGUAAUUAUAUUUUUACUGACUUUUAUUUUGUAUUUUUUUGCACGGGAAUGACCUUUAAAUUGCAGAUUGAGUAAAAGAAUCUUCUACAUGAGCCGCAGCGAUGGACUAGAAGCCCAUGUGUAGCAGGACAGCUGUUGCAGCUCGUGGAAUAACGUAGCCCCAGACUGUUGGGGACUCACUUCCUCAGGGGGGCCCAAGGGAUCUGAUCCCAGCCCCAACCUGCCCUGUCAUCUGACCAUCCCACCUGUCUGAAGGCAGACCCCACUAUCCAAUGGCAUGGGUCAAGUUCUUCAGGAAGCCGGGGGGCAAUCUGGGGAAAUCGUACCAGCCGGGGAGCAUGCUGUCUCUGGCCCCAACCAAAGGACUUCUGAACGAGCCGGGCCAGAACAGCUGCUUCCUCAACAGUGCUGUGCAGGUACUAUGGCAGCUGGACAUCUUCAGACGCAGUUUGAGGCAGCUUCCUGGACACUUCUGUUUAGGAGAGUCGUGCAUCUUUUGUGCUUUAAAGGGCAUUUUCUCCCAGUUCCAGCACAGCCGGGAGCGAGCCCUGCCCUCUGACAACCUGCGUAACGCCUUGGCAGAGACCUUUAAGGACGAGCAGCGCUUCCAGCUGGGCUUCAUGGAUGAUGCCGCAGAGUGCUUUUCUGUGCCUCUCUCCCCCUUGCAGUCUGUGUGCCGUAGCUGUGGGGCGUCAUCCGACCCACUGCCGUUUACUGAGCUGGUGCAUUAUGUCUCUACCACCGCACUCUGUCAACAGACGCUUCAGCGCAGAGACGAGUCUUUCGGGGAUCUGUUACAAGCGGCGAGUACGAUAGGGGACCUUCGUAAUUGUCCUAGCAACUGUGGUCAGAGGAUUAAGAUCAGACGGGUCCUCAUGAACUCCCCAGAAAUAGUUACCAUCGGCUUCGUUUGGGACUCUGACCAGUCAGACCUCACUGAGGAUGUUAUCCGCUCGCUAGGACCUCAUCUCAGUCUCUCUGCAAUCGGCUCCCGGUGGAAAGAUGUUGUCACCAAAUGUAUCAAAGGCCACUUCCAGCCUCUCCUCCUCUUUUACUCCAACCCUGACGGGAGUGCUAUCACCGCAGAUGACGUCUCAAGACAAAACACCAGCCAGUCACAAGGACAAGGCUUUGAUUCUCCAGUGUCAGCCCCCAAGAAACUGGACCUCACCAGGGAGAAUCUGAACGCUCUGCUGGGCCAAGGCUCUUUCAAACAGAAAACCCCCUCGACCCUCAGCAGGGGCAGCGCUCAGACCAACGGAGGACGGGGACCAGUGAAAAUUGGUGCCAGUGAUCCCAAGAGCCGCCUCAGGGACAUUUCUCGAGAAGUUGCCCAGAGAGCAGGAGAGGUGCGGGGGAUGCAUCCAUCCAGACGAGAGCCUGACAGGAGCGGUCAACGGAGGCUGGAGACGCGCCACAGAGAUCCAGGCCAGGACAGGACCUACUCCCGCUCCGUCUCCCCUCCAGAGAAUGGCUUCAAACAGCACCUGGAGACUCGCCUGUACAGCAGCCAAGGAAAAGGUCCCACACGGACUGAGCGAACACCCCACUUAGGUGGACGAUCUUCCCACGAACCCUCUCGCUCUCACUCCAGAGUCCAAGUGCUACCCAGUGUGCCCAGUAUCAGCAGUGGCCAUCAUAGCCGGAGGAUUGACCAGGUCUCCAACGGAUAUGAUACAGACAGCAGCCAAGAGUCCAGAGAGCGUCCUGGAAGUGGAGCCAACAGUCGCAGCAGGUCUAGUCGCCCGUGGAAACCCAUGCGAGAGGCGCUAAAUGUGGACAGUGUUUUAAGUUCUGCCGGUGAUGGAAAUUCGCCAAGUCAAGAGCGAAGGCAGCACAGCCCACGGAGGAGACCCAGCAGUCAGUCGCCCUCCCGCGACCGCGAGCGAGACAGAGAUUUUACAUGGGGGGGCAGGGAGGAACGCAAACCCAAGAGCCUGAUGACCAUCUACGAGGAUGAGCAGAGGCAUGAAACCGGUGGCAGCCGAAGCUCGCUGGACUCAGAUGGCCGGGGCGGCUACAGUGACAAGGACAGGUCAAAGGGCUCAGCAACUUUGAAAGUGCGGAACGACAACUGGAAGAUCCAGCGAACAGAAUCCGGAUACGAGAGCAGCGACAGACUAAGCAACGGCUCAGCAAAUCUCGACUCACCUGUGGUGGAGUACUUUUCCUCCAAGGACCUGCGGCCUAUACCUGAGCUGCAUCUGACGAGGGAUCACUUCCCUCACAGAAGCAGCGAUGACAUUCUGCACUCCACAUUUUCCACUGGUGAACGAGGGGGGAACUCUCCAGAUCUAGCAGACCUCCUCUCUGGUCAGCUCAUCCAAAGAAGAGGAGCCUUCCGCUACACUCCCGGGAUCUUGGAAAGGAACAUUGACCUGGACAGCGAACACGAGGACAACGUCGACGGCAGCCCUGCGAGUCCCGUGCCCCCGUACUUAGCAAAGACCAGCAGUUCUGAGUGGAACAGCUCCGAUGACCUCGCUGGACCCUUCUCUGAACAAGAGGAGACGGGCACUGUCCCCGACCCUUUCAUGCACAACCACCCCCCUCCCCUGCCCCUCAAGACCUUUGGCAACAGUCACACUGACCCAUCUGCCGUCCACUCGCAACCACCGGAGGUGCCAGCGUGGUCGAGCGCCCGCAACGAAUCCAAAAAUGGCUCAUCCCUUCUCUCGCACGCCAUCCUCCGUCGGUGGAUCGAGACACCUCCAGAGCACAGGCUUUCAUCCAGCGCCAGCUCCAAGUCGGGGUCGUCAGACCAGGACCGGAACGAUCUGUCGGCCAGCGAGAGCGAGGAGAGGCUACCCGGUCCGAAGCCCAGACACACUGACGGUACACGCUCCCCCUCUCUGUCAGAAAGGGUUCUUCCAACCACUUACUUUUCUGUUGACAACUGUAUGACAGACACUUACCGGGCCAAAUACCACAAGAAGCCUGCAGCCUCCAUGAAAGCAGAGGAGCAUGCUUCAUCGGGGGAGAGUGAUGCCGAAGGGAGGGGGCUGACUUUGCCAGAAGUUCAACCACCAGAGCCGUCCAAAAUCCGAUCAGAAUCAGGCUACUCUACCACUAAGACGACUGCAAAGUGGAAUCCAGUUACUCCAAAAGGACUUGACGAGCAUGGUUUCCUAUGAUUAUAGCAAAAGCAUCAAUAGACGUUGACCGGACGCCACAAGGAGUCGUGACGCAUUACGACGGCCGCACAGUUUGACUCCUUCCAACUGGAAUGUGUCUCGCUCCUAACUGGGAGUUGGACAUGAAGUGGGUGCCAAAGAGAUUGUAAGAAGAACGACCGGUGUCCUUCAUAGCCUCGUGGCUGUUUUUUUCGGUAUGAAAAGCUUUGAAUGAAAAGAGAAUUUGCACAGUAGACGGCACCAUAGGUACAGAAACAUGUACAGAAACAUGCCUCACGCAGAUUGCUGUCCGUGUUUCGGGCUGUGUGCUCCGUGGCAAAUAGUUGUGUACGAAAAGAAUGUAUCACAAAACGUCACUUUACCACACAACAGAUGACAAGAAUUAUUUUACAUGAAGAAUUAACCGAUGUCUUGCAGUUUUCACUUCCUCCUUUUGCUAUGGAUUGAUUUUUAUUUGUUUAGCUUCUCCCAUUUCAGUGUUAUAACGUGCCUGCGCCAUUUCUGUCUUUUUUUUUUAUUGGGCUUUGAAGAAGACAAGGUUCCACUAAUAGUAUAAUAUAUUUCCGGUGCAUUUAAUUUUUAAAUUGUUGAUUUCGGAAAGUAAUCCUAAACACUGGGCACUCUUUUGGCACAACUUAAAAAUGGAUCCCAGGGAUCCGUGAGAAUAUGAAGCUCAGGGACACCCACAUUGGUUUUUGUCCGUUAAUACUUCUUCUCUGGCGACAAAGGUCGAAACUUGUUGGCACAUGGUUUUAAAUGACCUCUGCAAAUAACAAGCAAAGAAUUUUCUUGCCUCACACUUUUGUCAAACUGGAACUGAAGUCUAAAACAACCAGUGUGGGUUUCCCGGGGUUAUCACGUGAUCAGUAAAUAUAUUAAAUUGAUUGCUUAUCGGGUAGAAAACUACGCGGCAUGAGACGUGUCCCUUUCUCCUCAAAUGCACACCUGCACACACUCCAUCACCUGCACAUAAGCUGUGUUUUUAUGUCUUUACACUGUAUUUCUGGUUAUUUCUCCUCUCACACUCCUGACAGUUACAACCUUCCAUUGUUAUCUUUGUGGAAAUCAACACUUCCUGUCUUGCUUCUUAAAGUAUCUUCUAUUAGCAGCAAGUCUGCCCUGCGACGACAUGGACAUUUAUAAGCUUCAUUUAGAAAUAGACAGGGCCGGCUGUUUUUUUGAGGGUCAUUAUUAUUAACAUUGUUCUAAACCUGAGGAGUUGGACUAUUCCUUGGUUUAAAAUGUUUUCUAUAUGCAGCAGACUCGAAUGCACAGUGCCUUUUGUAUUUUUCUAUGUCAAGACCAGAUUGAAUUGG